AAUAACAUAAUAGGAUUAGGCCUCUUCUCAUUUCCUCUCCCUCUUGUCACCAACCACACAAAGGAGUUCUUUGUGUCGUCGCUGCCCAAGCUUACUAGGCAAUGGCUAGCCACCACCUGCAAUAUCCUCCAAUCAGUGGACAGAAUCUGUCCGUCACUAUGCAGUUGCGUUCUAGGCCUCCCCAAGUUUCGUUUUGGUGAGCAAACGUUGCUACCAAAACCCGAAGCCUCAAGGUACGUUGUCCCUUAUCGACAGCAACUUCGUGGGCGCCGGACAACGAGGAAAAGCUCUGGAUAGCAGCUCUUUCUGGACCGGACAACAACUUCUUUGUUGCUUAUUUCCCUCCUUUUGUGUCGGCCAAGUUGUUGGUUGAACCUCGCUUUGUGCCGUCGGAUUGUCCUCGCUGCCGAGCAUAAAGUCAAGCCGGAGAUCUCUCUUGAAUCACUUCGUCUCCCCUCUGUUGACUUUCACCACCACCUCAACAAGACUUAAUUUUUCUUUAACCAUAUGGCACCCCUCCUAUUACCUCCCCUAUCAUAUAAUAUGAUCCAAUAAUUCAUGAGAUUCUAUAUCUCUUUAAAAUAAGUAAGCUUUUACAUUUAACUAUUUCCACUUCUUAAAAUCCUCGGCGUUUUUUGGUACACUGAUUGAAGCAAAAAAUGUUUCCUCCAUUAACAACACCCCACAUAUCUUUAACAAGAUAAACUUGCGAAGCCCCUUGAUUUACCCCUCUCAAGAAAUGUGUGGGCCGUAUCUUUCAACUGAGUUGGACUUGGAAAGUGUUGUAGCAUUUGUCGUUUUCCUCCAUUGACUUGAAGACUUGUACUCCAUCCAUUGACUUGGAGACUUGUACUCCAUCCAUUGACUUGAAGACUUCAAAUAGUUUAACUGUCAAUUUCCUUUAACUCGGAGAAUAAUGGAGAUUGUGUCUUUGGUACUUCUGCUGCUGCUGCCGCCGCCGCUGCCGCCGCCGCCGCCGUCGCAAUUACCGGCUGCUGAGUGCCUGACGAGCUGCGGGGAUGUGAACAUCCCCUACCCGUUCGGCAUCGGCCCCAACUGCUCCUUCGGCAACUUCUACACGCUCGCCUGCACGAAGAACGCCCACGGCCACGACCGGCUUUUUCUAGGUAGCGAUGGCUCGGAGUCGGUGGAGAUCAUAGAUAUCUUGUUGUCGCAGGGCAAAAUGCGGGUGUAUAAUCUGAUCUCGUGGAAUUGCUAUAAUCAAAGCAGCCCGGAGUGGUAUUUCAAAAUGAACGGAUGGCCGUACAGAUUCUCCGACGCCGACAACAAGUUCACCGUCAUCGGCUGCGACACCUUCGCCUACAUCAACGGCACCCAGGGUGGCAAACCGUACCGGAGCGGAUGCAUGACCUUCUGCCAGAACGACAGCCUCUCCGCCGGCGGAUCCGGCUCGUGCGCCGGCCUCGGCUGCUGCCAAACCUCCGUUCCCCGGGGCCUCGACUACAUCGCCGUCUGGUUCGAUUCCGAACACAACGGCUCCAGCACGAGGAGCUUUAGCCCUUGCAGCUACGCGGUGCUGGUGGAGGAGAAUAAUUUCAGCUUCCAGAGCUCUUACAUCACGACCACCGACUUCUUGGUUGAGAGUUAUCAUGGAAGGGUGCCGGUGGUGCUGAGUUGGGCGAUCGGAUACACAACGUGCGAGGAAGCCCGGCUAGACUACAGCAGUUACGCCUGUGUGAGUGAGCACAGCAAGUGCGUUGACUCCUCCGCUGCUCCUGGGUACCUUUGCAAUUGUUCGAUCGGAUUCGAAGGCAACCCUUACGUCCGCAAUGGAUGCCAAGACAUCAAUGAGUGUCAAAUUCAUCCAAAUCCAUGCAAAGGCAAUUGCUACAACACGCUCGGUGGCUAUAAUUGUUCUUGUCCGCAAGGCACAACGGGCAAUGCUUCCAGCACUGGCUGCUUCCGUCUCCCCACUCCCAUCCUCAUCCCUAUACCACCCAUACGGCGACUGCCCUUAGUGAUAAAGAUUGUGAUAGGCGUCUGUGUCGGUGUCAUUUUCUUGCUAUCAUGCGGUUUGUGUUUUUAUGUGAUCUAUCAAAGAAGAAAACUUGAAAAGAUUAAGAGAAGAUAUUUUGAAGAGCAUGGAGGUCUUGACUUAAAGAAAAAGAUGAAGGAGGAACAGAACCUUACAUUUCGAAUAUUUGCAAUCAAAGAACUAGAGAAAGCAACAAAUAAUUUUGAUGACAAACAAAUUCUGGGUGAAGGAGGUAAUGGAAUCGUGUAUAAAGGAGUUUUAGAAGACAAAUGCAUCGUGGCUAUAAAAAAACCAAAGCUCAUCGAUGAGAGCCUAAAGAGAUGUUUUGGAAAUGAAACACUCAUUUUAUCACGCAUCAACCAUGACAACAUAGUAAAGCUCUUGGGUUGUUGUUUGGAGAUAGAGAUGCCAAUGCUGGUCUAUGAGUUUGUCCCCAAUGGAACUCUAUCUCAUCUUAUUCAUAAAAUUAAGAAUCAAUCUCGAGUUUCUUUGGACACUCGACUAAGGAUUGCAUAUCAGUCCGCUACAGCUUUGGAAUAUUUGCACAUGGAAGCUUCUCCUAGUAUACUUCUAGACAAUGAUUACAAUGCCAAAGUUUCAGACUUUGGGGCUUCGAAGCUAAUACCCAAGGAUGAGCAACAAUUCGCUACACUGGUGCAAUUCACUCACGGUUACAUUGAUCCCGAGUGCCUUCAAACAUAUGAAUUGACCUACAAAAGUGAUGUUUACAGCUUUGGUGUGGUUCUCCUGGAGUUGUUUACUGGUAAAAAAGCAAUUUCUUUUGAAGGACCCGAGGAACAAAGAAAUUUGGUGACAACUUUUGCUUUGUUCAUGAAUGAGAAUCGUGUAUUUGAUAUCUUCGACAAUCAAGUGAAAGAGGAAAGUAAUAUGGAAUUUAUUCAAGAACUUAGUGAGCUAAUCAAACGAUGUUUGUACUUGAAGGGGGAAGACAGGCCUGAGAUGAAGGAAGUGGUUGAGGAGCUGCAUACACUAAGAAGGUUCAUGCAACACCCAUGGUCGUCGGAACAUGAACAAGACAAUGUCGAGAGGGAGGGCCUGCUAGAGGAGAUCACAACUCAGACUGAUGGAACAAGAGAAUUAAGCGUUUUCUAUAGUUGCGACGCAUCUGAAACAUUGCAUACGGAAGGUAAUUAGUUGAAGACACAGUCAUACCCAAUCUCAUCUUCCUCCUCAUCAGUUAAUGAUGCCAUAAAUAUACAAAAGAUAUCUUGAAUACACAACAUUAUGUUAAGUAAGCUUGUAUGUGUUUUAUGUACUUAUUGUUAAGAUUUGUGUAUGGUGAAUCUGUGUUAUGUGUGAAUUUUGCAAAUGUUAUACUUAUUGAUGUUGGACAAACAAUUUGUAAUAUGCCUUAAAAUUUUCAAUAUGAGAUUAAAGUCUC